UCCUCCCGUCCACAAAUCCUCCUUCAGACCCGCACCCAUUCUCCCUCCCCCUUUACCCUCUCCCUCUCUCUCUCUCUCUCCUCCUCCACCAUUUUCCCUCUCUCCCCCACCGUCCAACCCUAAUUCAGCCAUGAAAAACAGCGCAAAAGCUCUCCAACCCAUCAAAUCACUGCAUUCACCUCAUCCAACCAAAACCUAACCGAUCUCCCCGAAAUAAUCACAAACAAUUAAUGGCGACUUCGUCCUCCGUCCCGGCGACGAAAUCCAUCCCCAAUCCCGGCGGCGCAGGAUCCGUGUCCCAAGGUGGCCGUAAGGAGACCGGCGCAAGUUCCGGCCAGAGCGUAAAAUUCGCCCAUCGGACACCUAGCGGCCGCUACGUUAGCCUCUCCCGCGACGAAAUCGAGCUCUCCGGCGAUUACGUGAGCUUGAGCUUUAACAUUCCGCCGACGCCCGAUAACCAGCCCAUGGCGGAGGCCGCGGAUGCCGAAUCCAUGGCCGUGAAAGCCGAGGAACAGUACGUGUCCAAUUCGCUUUUCACCGGCGGAUUUAAUAGCGUCACAAGGGCCCACCUCAUGGACAAGGUGAUCGACUCUGCGGUCACCCACCCUCAAAUGGCCGGCUCCAAAAGCUCCUCCUCCUGCGCCAUGCCCGCAUGCGACGGCAAGCUCAUGACCGACGAUCGCGGCAACGACAUCUACCCCUGCUGCUGCCGCUUCAAAAUAUGCGGCGAGUGCUACCUCGACGCCCUCAACGGCACCGGCAACUGCCCCGGCUGCAAAGAACCCUACCGCACAGCCGGGGAACACGGAGACACCACCCCCGCUCCGCCGCUACCAUCCCCAUCCAAAAAUCUAGAACACAACUUCCCCGAUAGAAGCAAAUCGCUGCUCUUCCGCCGCCAAACAGGGGACGAAGCUGAUUUUGAUCAAAACAGAUGGCUUUUCGAGACGCAGAGAACGUACGGGUACGGAAAUGCGUUCUGGCCGAAGGGCGGGGAGGAGGAGGAGGAUGAGGAAGAUGGUGGGGGUGGGAAGGGGAUGGGAGGGUGGGGAGAGGAGGGAAUGCCGGAGAUGAAUGAUAAGCCGUGGAAGCCGCUGACGAGGGUGGUUCCGAUGCCGGCGGCGAUAAUUCAGCCGUAUAGGUUGCUGAUGGUGGUGAGAUUCGCGGCAUUGUUUUUCUUCCUGGGGUGGAGGAUACAGCAUCCGAAUGAGGAAGCGAUGUGGCUGUGGGGAAUGUCGGUGGUUUGUGAGGUCUGGUUUGCUUUCUCAUGGCUAUUGGAUCAGGCCCCCAAAUUGCAUCCCAUUAACAGGCUCACGGAUCUCUGGGUACUGAAAGAGAAGUUCGAGACGGCGUCUCCGGCAAAUCCGACUGGUCGCUCCGACCUGCCCGCAACAGACUUCUUCGUCUCCACCGCCGACCCGGACAAAGAACCUCCACUGGUCACGGCAAACACGAUCCUCUCCAUCCUCGCCGUCGACUACCCGAUUGAAAAAAUAGCCUGCUACGUCUCCGACGAUGGCGGCGCUCUGCUCACCUUCGAGGCCAUGGCAGAAGCGGCGAGCUUCGCAAAUGUAUGGGUGCCCUUCUGCCGCAAACAUGACAUCGAGCCUCGAAACCCGGACAGCUACUUCAACGUGAAGGGGGACCCAACGAAGAACAAGCGACGGUCGGAUUUCGUUAAGGAUAGGAGGAAGGUGAAGAGGGAGUACGAUGAGUUCAAGGUCAGGAUUAACAGAUUGCCGGACGCAAUUCGACGGAGAUCCGAAGCGUUUAAUGCGAGGGAGGAGAUGAAGAUUCUGAAGAUUGUGAAGGAGACGGGGGAUUUCGACCCGACCGAGCCCAUCAAGAUUCCGAAAGCCACGUGGAUGGCUGAUGGAACGCAUUGGCCGGGGACUUGGACGGCGCCUGCUUCCGAUCACACGAGAACUGACCACGCCGGCAUCCUUCAGGUGAUGCUUAAACCUCCGUCGAACGAGCCGCUGUACGGGCUCGCCGAAGAGGGGGACCUGAGGAUGGACUUCAGCGACACCGACAUCCGUCUCCCCAUGCUGGUCUACGUCUCUCGGGAGAAACGUCCCGGCUACGACCACAACAAGAAAGCAGGAGCGAUGAACGCCCUCGUUCGAGCCUCCGCCAUCAUGUCCAACGCCCCCUUCAUCCUCAACCUCGACUGCGACCACUACAUUUACAAUUCCCGCGCCAUCCGCGAAGGCAUGUGCUUCAUGAUGGAUCGCGGCGGCGAGAACAUCUGCUACAUCCAGUUCCCCCAACGCUUUGAAGGCAUCGAUCCCUCCGACCGCUACGCCAAUCACAACACCGUCUUCUUCGACGGCAACAUGCGCGCCCUCGACGGCAUACAGGGCCCUGUUUAUGUCGGCACUGGAUGCCUCUUCCGCCGCUUUGCUCUCUACGGCUUCGAUCCUCCUUCCAUCACCGAUUAUACCCGCCGGACGAUUCGCCCCUCUCCGGAUCUCGAUGAUGCGGAGAUGCAGCAGAGGCCUCUCACCGCCGCUGAUUUCGACGAUGACCUUGAUCCCAAUCUUCUUCCCAAGCGGUUCGGAAACUCUGCUGCACUCGCGGAAUCCAUUCCCAUAUCGGAGUUUCAGGGGAGGCCGCUUGCCGAUCAUCCGGCCGUCAAAUAUGGAAGACCUCCGGGCUCACUUGUUGUUCCCCGUACGCCGCUCUAUCCGGCCACAGUGGUAGAGGCUAUCUCCGUCAUUUCUUGCUGGUAUGAAGAUAAAACAGAGUGGGGAGAUCGGGUGGGAUGGAUCUAUGGCUCCGUGACGGAAGACGUGGUCACCGGCUACCGCAUGCACAACCGCGGCUGGCACUCCGUCUAUUGCAUCACCAAGCGCGACGCAUUCCGCGGAUCUGCUCCGAUCAACCUCACCGAUCGCCUCCACCAAGUGCUCCGAUGGGCCACCGGAUCGGUCGAGAUCUUCUUCUCCCGCAACAACGCUCUCAUCGCCACCCGUCGCCUCAAGUUUCUCCAGCGCAUCGCGUACCUCAACGUCGGCAUCUACCCUUUCACCUCCGCCUUCCUCCUCAUCUACUGUUUCCUCCCCGCCCUCUCCCUCUUCUCCGGCCAAUUCAUCGUCCAGACCCUAAAUGCGACUUUCCUUAUCUACCUCCUCACCAUCUCCGUCUCACUCAUCGGCCUUGCCAUCCUCGAGGUCCGAUGGUCCGGCGUUGGGCUUGAGGAGUGGUGGCGCAACGAGCAGUUCUGGCUUAUUUCUGGAACCUCCGCGCAUCUCUAUGCGGUGGUUCAGGGACUUCUUAAGGUCAUGGCUGGGAUCGAGAUUUCUUUCACGCUUACCUCCAAGUCGGCGGCGGAGGACAAUGAAGAUAUAUUCGCCGAUCUUUACGUCGUCCGGUGGACCUCGCUGAUGAUCCCGCCGCUUACGAUUAUGAUGGUGAACAUCAUCUCCAUUGCAUUCGCCUUCGCGAGAACCAUUUACAGCGAGAUCCCGCAAUGGAGUAAGCUCAUGGGCGGCUCGUUUUUCAGUUUCUGGGUGCUGGCGCAUAUGUACCCAUUUGCCAAGGGAUUGAUGGGGAGAAGGGGGAAGACGCCGACAAUUGUGUUUGUGUGGUCGGGGCUGAUUGCGAUAACCCUAUCUUUGCUUUGGAUUUCCAUAAGCCCGCCCAAGGCCUCCGGCACGGUGGUCGCCGGCGGCGGCGGCGGCGGCGGAUUCCACUUCCCCUGAUCUGUGUAAUAAUUUGAGAAUUUUGAUCCUUCUUCUUCUUCUUCGAUCGAAAGAUUGAAUUUUUAAUUAGUUCAUUUUUUAUGGUUGGCGGGAUAGAUCGCAUCUGCUUAAUCCGAGUGCUGGAGGAGUAUUUGUGGUGAAUGGCGCCUUACAAAAGUUUGAGAUUGAGGCUUUUAGAUUGCUGAUUUAGACACACUUGCAGAGAAAAUUGGAUUCAAGUGUAUGUUUAUUAUUCUUUUGGUGUAAUUUUUGUG